CCUAUUUAUAUGUACAUGAACUUUUCUGCCGAAGGUCUAAAGUUUUUCUGGUUAUUCCGGCUUACUCCAUCAAUAAAGACUGGCCUGCAUGAAACAGCUAAAGUGGCUGUAAGUGGCGUUAAUCAACAAAAAACAAACAAAACAAAACAUAUUACUUUCUGGAACGAGACUUUAGAUCUGGUUUAAUAACGUAUACCAUAUACAGUUCAUUAUACAGAAUAACAUAACAUUCAAACAUCCGCAACAGACGAAAGUACAUAGCUAUGGAUACUAAUAAACUCAUCAUAAUACCAGGAUUAAAAUUUUAUGAGUCAGACGCGCGUUAGUCAAGAAAAGACUCAUAUGUGACGCUCAAUUCAAAAAAUAAAAAAGCCAUAUAAAGUACGAAGUUGAAGAGCAUACAAUUUUAGAACUGCAAAAAUACUGAAAAAUUCGGUCUAGAAGAUUCACUGUGAAUGUUGCCUUGAUUAUACAUGGAACUUUAACAAUUACUUAGACAAUCAAUAGAUAAAACUCUCACAUUUUUUCCAGUCGACCGUCUUCCUAGAACCUUACAGUCAGGACGUCAAAGACAAAAUCGAUAUUAAAAUGCCAGCAUUUAUGUAUGGAACACAACUAUCAGAUGAGGGAAAUAAAUGUGCAAUUCCUGGCUAUGACUAUAAUACAUUUUAUGACCUAUGGAGCUGCCCUAAAAUUGUAAUGAAUGUAGCAGACUUUGGUCACUGUGAUAUAUUGGACCCUGAGCCUUGGGCUGCAUGUCGAGACGUUCACCAUUGUAAGAUAACAACGAAUACAACAAAGCUUCCAGAGUAUCACGAAUUUGUACAAGGAGCAGUCAGUAGUUUCCUUGUGAAUACACUACAGAAUAGAACAGAUGCUUUAAAGUAUAUUAUACAGAAACCAUUGAUUCCAUUAAAUUUGCUGGAACUAAAAACUGAUCUAAACUGUACCAAAAGCUUUCACUAUUUGAAAUAGUUACUGUAUUGUGAAGAUAGCUAAUAAGCGUUCAGAUUAAAUGAAACUUUUCAUCAGUAUUUACGUGAGGAUGAUACAAGUUUGAAAAUUUAAAGUAGAAUCUGUAAUUAAUGCAUUGUUAUAUAAUUACAGGAUAUUAAACGUUU